CAUGUAACCGAAAGAAGAAUCGAAAGUUCGAAAUUACUCUCUUGAUCACUGACAGUUUGCAAAAGUAAUAUAUUGCRAUUUUCCAGCUUAUAUCCAACGCAGUUUCCUCCGAACCGUACUUGUCUUUGCGACAGUGACGAUUACUGAGAUCACUGUCGAAUCCUUUGGAGCGAAAUGAGCCGAGUUGUCCUCCGUCGACAGGUUUCUGAAUCCUCUGGCCAAUCAACACCCAUUCCAGAUAACAACCUUCUCCGUCUGAAAAGAAUUUCACAGUCUUUCGAGGAUUUGACGAGUGAGACGCUGUAUAGCAAGUGGAAAARGGCGCGAAAAAAUAGCUCGAAAACAGAUCGACGCGGCCGCAGCAUUUCGUUGAGCUCGCUACCCGAGGAGGAGUUUGAUAUCAAUGGKRRSAACGAACAAAGAGAAAGAACCAAUAACACAGCCGCUGUUUUACAAAGGAAUUUGUUUAGGCCAAGGGGAUGGACGGUUUGCAAUGGCCAAAUCUCUAGAGAUAACGACCCGAAAGGUGUAGUGAAUAUUUCAAAUAKCCACAAAGAUAGCUUAUUAUCUGAUGAUGCCCCAUCGUUAWCUGGAAUUCAAGUCGACACUUYUCCGAUGUUCAUCGCCGUAACUUCGGAAAAUAUCGACGACGAUGUUUUUAGUCUYUCAACUGCAAAACCUGACRCAGAUGAUGCCAUCGAAACCAAAAAACAUAAAAUUAUAAAUGAAAUCAUUUCAGGAACUUUUUCAAAAGUGCGAAGUUUUUCCGACAGCGACCGAAGGAUUAUUGAUCUUCCGUCGUUAAGGURCCGAUUGACGAGCGACCCCGAAUCAUCACGCCGAUCAAAUUCCAAAACACGCGCUCGGAGUCUUUCAUGUCAAGAGCCUAGAGAAAUUGAAUUCCUGCGAACUGCAGAAAUGGCCCACAAGCUUCUGGAUGGUGCAAGUGUACCCGGAGAAGAUAUAUGGCAAAAGAGGAGCUCUACUGGGGACCUGGUAGCUGAAGGUCGACACAAAAGAAUGUCACCUUCCUCCGUAAUCCAUGCGAGGUCUGAAAUCAAUAAUAACCCUUGUAAUAUUCAGGAAGCCUCACUUGGAUUCCCAAAUGACAGGUCACAACCAGAUGCAAGGAAGCGUUACCUUUUGGGCUGUACGUAUGCUCUGAUACGUCAACCAGAACCACAAAUAACUAAUUCAAMUCACGGAGGUUUUCCGAAGAAAAUAAACUAUCAAGAUCGUAUCCAUAAUCGAACAAUGAGCGAACCUAGCAAGGGAUUAUUGGCCAAGAAAGAAUCGAGAUCAACAGAGGAGAAGGAGARAGACGAUCGGACCGUUCAAUUCAAACAAGUCGAAUUUGUUUCUGACAUCAAAGGAAGUCCAAUGACUGAAGGGAGCCAUCACGGUGUGAGAAGAGCACAGACUUUACCACGUAUGCCUAAACGGCCACUCGCUAGUCUUACUUCAAGAAACUGGAAAGAAAGCGAGCUCAAGACUCGUAAAGCCGCCGAGGACUUGAUCCAAAACAUUAACAACAGCGAUGAAAAAAGCGCCCAAGAAAGGGUUGAUAUUGUUGAGACAGCUUUUGAAUGGAUUCGAAAAGAAGUGGCYGAUCUACGGGCCCAAGAUAAGGAUAUCAUGCGAAUGUUUACUAAAAUACAGGCAGGAAUACGACACAUCAAAUUCGAUCAGAGYGCUUUAAUGGAAAGCGAAGAGGAGUUUAUAUCGACUCCUGAUUUAUCUAGUACUCAGUCAACUUCAGUUGGAGGUACUUCAAUACAUCGAAGGGCGAGUUUGCUGUGAUWAUAUACGACGUUUUCCAUUGAUCGAGCCUCAUAAAAACCUAUUUGAUCGAAUCAACAAAGAAGCUUAACAAAUAGGAAUUCGAUCAAAGGAUCGGUGAACACAAAGGAUCGUUGUUGUUUAUGAAUGAAUACAAAAUUCUAAUAAGUCACCGCUUCAAAAAUUGAUGUAUUAAUUGAUUCCAGACGAAUUACAUUCAUUCCUCGAUACAAGAGUUAUAUACAACCACAACCACAGCACUGUCGAUCAMAAGGAAUAUAACUAUAUACAACAUGUUACAGAAAUUAUGGAACUCAUUGUAUCGAUGUUGUUACGGAGCUGUGAAACACCGAUGGAUCAAAAUUAAAUUGUACAAUGUGGUAUUAUAGAGAGUCUAUUGAAAUAUGAUUGUAUAUUUGAAGUAUAACAAUUAGAAAAACAAUUAAACAUGAAAUCACGAACGAAAAUGCAUUCAUCAACUGGCGUGACGCUAUAAAGUAACGCAACGCUUAAAUUGUCACGGAAAACUCACACUUGUAACAAACUGAGAAUACUUCAAAGAAAACAGUAAGCUAAUUUGUGCGCAAAAGA